UCUUAUUAAAUUUUGGUUAUAUAUAUAUAUGGUAUAUAUAUAUGUAUAUAUAUAUGAUUGUUAUUACAAAGUAUACAACUUUUACUUUUAAAUGUGUCAUAUCUAUACCGUAUUAUCUAUAUAUUUGUUCAGUCUGUUGUUAGUUAGAUUUGAAAUUCUUGAACGAAGUAUUUUAUCUCUCAGCGAGAUGGAUAUAAAUUUUCGAUUUAAUAGAAACGAGAUAAAAGAUUGGAAUAUCUGCGUAAACAUUUUACGUUCUUAUGAUAUUUUUUUGGCUAAAUACCCACUGAGUUAACGCGCAAUGGGUGAACCGUUGAAAGAGAUUAAAGUUCUUUAUAUAGAGAAAGUUUGUCCAUGAAAUAUGCAUAAAAUCAAACAGGUGAAUAAAGCUUUGUGAAAGAUCGAUCCAAUCAGCGGUUUUGGAAGUGCGAUGUUGGUCGUGGUAGAGCGUAAUAUUGGCGGUUUAAGAAGGGCAGCCAAUUAGAAAAGUUGACGAAUAUCGUCGGUCGGUACUUAGGUGCGUGUGUUUGUACGAGUGUAUAUAGGUGACGGUCGUGAAAUAUAGUAGCAGCCAUCUUAUAUUUUGUGUCGGAGAAAAACAAUUUGGCCGUAGAAAUGUUUCGCGAUUGUCCGUGAAGCCGCUCGAGAACGGGAGGCGUGCGCUCGAUGAGGCGUGACGUUUUUCGACCCUAGCCCGGACCACUACAAUAGCAAAGGUGGAUUGGUACGCAGGAUAUGAGCAGCUUGUCAAGCGCAACCUGACUCUGCUCCCCCAUCAAGAAGCAGUGCAGCAGCAGGAGCCACAAUCGCAACAGCUGGCUCAGCAGCAACAGACUGAUAUAAUGACAUCCAUGUUUGAACAACAAAUUAAAAGCGAACCCAUGGGGUUUUAUUCUGUUGCUUCGAGCCGUUCAGAUGGUUCAAAUUCUAUGGUGAAUUUGUCGGAUGAUCGUGAAGACCUUUCUCAGCAAGAAGGUCACCUACAACCCCAGCAACAGACUACGUUACAAAUAAGUCAGCAACAGGGUCAACAACAAACUCAACAACAGAGUCAACAGCAAGCGCAACAACAGGGUCAACAACAGCAGAGUCAGACUGUGCAACAAGAAGUUCCAAACCGUCAAUCUACUGGACAACAAACUGUCAAAGAGGGUUCGCGGUCAAAGCCACAGCCCUGUAAGGUAUGCGGCAAGGUGCUAUCCUCUGCUUCGUCGUACUAUGUACAUAUGAAGCUUCAUUCAGGCAACAAACCAUAUCAUUGUACGGUAUGUGAAGCAAGCUUUUGUCGGAAACCAUACUUGGAAGUGCACAUGAGGACGCACACAGGAGAAAGACCUUUCCAAUGUGAGCUGUGCUUGAAAAGGUUUACUCAAAAGAGCAGUCUUAAUACUCAUAAACGAGUGCAUACAGGAGAAAGGCCGUAUGCCUGCGACAUUUGUCAAAAACGUUUUGCAGUGAAAAGCUACGUGACAGCACACCGCUGGAGUCACGUUGCCGAAAAGCCGUUGGUGUGCGACAGAUGUUCUCUCACAUUCACGUCCAAGAGUCAAUUCGCAAUUCACAUCCGUACCCAUACUGCAAGUACCACGUACGAGUGUAACAUAUGCGGACGUACCUUUGUACGCGAUAGUUAUCUCAUACGACACCAAAAUCGUGUACAUCGUGACAUGAAUCAAAGCAGUACGAAUCACAAUCCAUCUACGCCCCAGAGUACCGGUGGUGGCACUCCAGGUACAGGUUUCGAGAGUCCGGUUUGCGAUUUACGCUACAGCGAAGGACCUUCCUCGUUGGACGGCUUAGCAGGUUCGAAAGGAGGGAUCGCGGCUGAGAUCGCGAGUUUAGCCAAGCAAAACAAUCUUCAACUUCCUCUACCGUUGCUACAUCCGCAGACUACCAACUAGUGUUUAGACGACAACGUGUCCGAGUCCCUACCGCAACAUCAACAGUCACCGCAGCAAGUAGUAUGUCCCACCUCGGCGUCCUCGCCGUUCACACUUAAUUCACCAGUGUCUCACGAGCACACCACACCGCAGAGUGUCUACCAAACGACAGGCUCCUCCAGUUCGCUGGAUAGCCUCAACUCCCAACUUUAUCCGCAAAUAUCGUCAUCCCCCAUAGAUUCAUCGGAGUCGCAUCAUCAAUCGCAGCAACUGCAUCGCGGCAUUCCUCCGCCAGGGCUUCACCCUGCUCUGUAUCUCUACGCUCAGUACUCGAAUACUACAAGCAGCUCUCCCACCCCGUACCCCGAAUACAUUCAACGCAACAAUGAGUAAGUCAGUUUAUGCCAGCAAUCACGAUUUUUACCACGAACGGAGUGUGACGAUUCGCCCGAAACGCGGACUCUUUGAUCGCGUCUCGUUUAAUGGUGCUGGUUGAACAAAGUGCCUAAAGAGCAUCCACUUUCUGGAUCACGACGGAUGCUUAAUCACAAUCGUCGAUUAAUCGUUGAUAUUAAACAAUUUUUACGCACCGACUAAUUUUCAUUUCGAUCUUUUAACAAUGCAGUGGAUCAAUUGUGAAUUGAUUACCGUUUUGCACGUGUCUAUCUCACUUACAUACUUCUCGGUCCAUUUAAUGGAUUAUCUAAAUACGGACGCUGAUAAGCGUAUUUUAACGAGAAUGAAAUAGCACCGUUCAAAGAGACGUGCCACCACACGAUCGACGAAUCGGUUCGUUUCCACGAUCGUUCGAUUUUCCUUGUUUUUACCAAUCUGUCGUGGUAUAUCGAUGUUAGCAUAAACUAACGCGCGCGCGCGUACGUUUCUACGCGAGUUUUUCCAAGUUUCCGCACUUCUUGAUUUACCUGUUUUCCAAUCACAUCUGCGAGUACAUAUACAUAUAUAUAUAUAUCUAUGUGUGUAUAUAUAUUAUGCGCGAACCAUUACACAUACACAUAUUUAUAUUAUAUUUUUAAAGGAGUUUAGUCACUUGGAUCUGUGAUAUAGAUAGUAAUUAUUAACUACAAUGUUUAAACUAUUGGUUUACUAUUUUGAUGAUAUCAAAAUGAGGAAAUAUAAAAAAAAAGAAAGCAAUGUCACGGAGCGAUGUAGCUAUCAGAAUUUAAAGGACAUUGGUCUCUACCGAAGGUGUUUGGUAGACACCCUACUAUUACUUUUACAAACAAACAAAUAUAAAAAACAGGAACAUUACCGUUACUAAUACUAAUACUACUACUACUACUACUACUACUACUACUACUACUACUACUACUACUACUACUACUACUACUAUUACUACUACUAUUACUACUACUACUACUACUACUACUACUACUACUACUACUACUACUACUACUACUACUACUACUACUACUAUUAUUACUACUGCUACUACUACCACGACUACUACUACUGCUACUACCACCAUCACUACUAUUACUACCACUACUACACUAUUAGUACUACUACUCCUACUAAUACUAUCAUCCUCCCUCCACUACCAUUUUACCACUGACAUUUCCCCAGCUAUAUAUUAGUCUCGCUAUUAUUACUACUACUGCUACCACUAACGCUACCACCACCACCGCCGCCGCUACCACCACCACUAUUAUUAUUAUUAUUAUUAGAAACACGCAAACGUUAGUUCAUUUUAGCAACAUGCAUACCGCGUGUGUCGAUAGGACCUAUAAUCCCAGUCGUCAUGGUUUCUCUUUAGCCUUAAACCGUGAUUAUUUUAUUAUUUUACUCUUCUUUCUUGUCCUUCUUCUUACUCGUCCUUCUACUCUGCUUCUUCUUCUUCGUCUUCUUCUACCUCCUCUUCCUCCUUCUCCCCCCCCCCCCCCCACCCCUCUCUCAUACCUGCUACUCGCCAUCUUCCUCUUUUCUAUCCUUCUCUGUGACAUUUCGUUUUAAUCGUAUCCCUUCGAACUAAUUUUUCCACGUGCCCGAUCUUUGUGCGUGUCUAUACGAAUUAGAAACGUGUCCGAAGGUGUCGGUACUCUUUUUAUCACGUAGGACUAUUGUACAGCUUAUGAAUCAGUUCCAUAGGUGUACUUACUUUUCACAUAUCGAAGUGUAUUGUACACACAAGGUACAUAUUGUACAUACGUAUACAUAUACAUAUAGAUGUAUUAUAAAACGAUGAGCGGAUGUGCAGAUCGUACUAAGUACUAGGAAUGUAAUAGCAGGGCUGUUGAUUUUUCUUUUUGACUACUGUUAGGUAUUAGUUUUUAGAGAUUACGAUUAUUAUUACUAUUAUUACUACUACCGCUAUUAUCAUUGAAUAUUAUUAACGUUCUGAUUAUUACGAUUAUUAUCGAUCUUUUCAACGUUAACGCCACAAAGCUUAGAUACAGAAAACGGGGGAACCAUGACAGCCGCGAGUCAAAAGAAAAGAAAGGAAAGAAAACGAACAAAAAACGUGAGAAGGAAUUUUCGUUUCGUUUGAAAAAUUUCGCGCACGAUCCAGUACGGUGUGUAUGUUUGUUUUAACGAUAUACGAAAAUAGAUAAUGGCGUGUGCGCGCACGCGUGCACGCGCCAAGCGAUUUCGAAUCGACAGCGCCAAAAAAAAAAAAAAAAAAAAAAGAAA